AUGAAGUUACCAGUCAAGGUUCACGCCAACAGUCUUUCAGUACGCUGCCUUUUCCUUCGGUCGUCUGCUCGUGAGCCGAAUAGCGAUAUUGCAUCAUACGGCAUCAAAAAGCCGGUGGUGGCCUUAGGAGAAGUGCCUGAUGGGACAGUGGUCACCGUCAUGGCUGGAAACGAUGAGAACUACUCUGCAGAGCUGCGGAACGCUUCUGCCGUGAUGAAGAACCAGGUGGCCAGAUUUAAUGACUUACGCUUUGUCGGCAGAAGUGGAAGAGGGAAGAGCUUUACUUUGACAAUAACUGUCCUGACAAAUCCCCCCCAAGUCGCUACAUACCACAGAGCUAUAAAGGUUACGGUGGAUGGGCCAAGGGAGCCAAGAAGGCACAGACAGAAGCUUGAUGACUCUAAACCUAGUUUGUUCUCUGAACGCCUCAGUGAUUUAGGGCGCAUUCCUCAUCCCAGUAUGAGAGUAGGGGUCCCGACCCAGAGCCCACGGCCCUCUCUGAACUCUGCACCAAGUCCUUUUAAUCCACAAGGACAGAGUCAGAUUACAGACCCCAGGCAGGCGCAGUCAUCCCCACCAUGGUCCUAUGACCAGUCCUACCCAUCCUACUUGAGCCAGAUGACUUCACCGUCCAUUCACUCCACAACUCCCCUGUCCUCCACUCGAGGCACGGGACUUCCAGCCAUCACCGAUGUGCCCAGACGCCUCUCAGACUCAGACCCAUGCACUCCUGAUGCUCCACCUGCUGCCACUUCACCUCCAACUUCUGAAGAACCUGGACCUUUCACAGCUCCAGCAUCACCCUCCUCUUCCUCUGAUACUGGUACUGCAUCAUUUUCACCACCAUUACCUGCCUGUGUUACAGCCUUACAUCCCAAACCGCCUCCUAUUCCACCAUCAACAUCAGCUUCUGCUGCCACUGUUCACCCUGGACUCCUUUCUCUUCCUGCACCACCCACCUCUGCUCCAACCCUGCACCCUGGACUUUAUUUGCCAGUAGUCCCAGCUGGCAGUGCCACCCACCUCAUCAACUGGCUGCCCUUCCUCACUUCCGCAACACUCACCACCAUUCGAGGGAAGGAGGAAGACCAGCCACCCAUAAGAAUGGGCUCCCUGGAAGGCAUGAAGCGCUGCACCAGCACACCUCCACACCCUUCCCGUGAUGGAAAUCCCCAGGCAGUGCCCAUGGGAGACAGGGCUCCAGAGGCUGCUUCCUCACCACCAGCUGCCCACACCAUGCCCCCAAGCUCCGAGCAGGCAUCGGCGAACGUGAGCGACAUCCUGGCAGAGCUGCGGACGAUGAACAGCCAUCUCUCCGUCAUCGCCCGAGCCCUGACACAGCUGGUGUCGUCACUGGCACCGCAGCAGGACGCGCAUGGCACCCCACCUCCUUAG